UUAAUUCAAGUUGAAAACCCAUUAGAAAGAACUUGGAAAGUCACCCAAAAAGAUAUAAAAGCAUCAGUUGGGAUCUCAACCUCGAUUAAAUCAUUUGGUUUAUCAUUAGAAGGAGGACCGAUUAAAUUUGAUUAUAGUCAAAACGGACGACACUUAGCUUUAGGGUCUCAUCAAACCGGUCAUCUUUCUACACUUGAUUGGAAAUCAUCUAAAUUGAUGACUGAAUUAAAUGUGAAUGAAACUACAAGAUCAAUUAGAUGGUUACACAAUCAAUCUUUCUUUGCUGUUGCUCAACGUCGUUAUGUGUUUAUUUAUGAUGGUCAUCAAGGAACUGAACUUCAUCAACUCAGAUCUCAUUUAGAAGUCACUCAAAUGGAAUUCUUACCAUACCAUUUCUUAUUAUCUACCAUUGGAUUACCUGGUUGGCUAAAGUAUCAUGAUACAUCUACCGGACAAAUCGUUUCACAACAUCGAACUAAAUUAGGGUCUUGUUAUACGAUGACUCAGAACCCAUUUAAUUCGAUUAUUCAUUUAGGUCAUCAGAAUGGAACGGUGUCACUUUGGAGUCCUUCGGUUAAUCAUGCUCAGGUGAAGAUCCUGGCACAUCGUGGACCCGUGACGAGUGUUUCGAUUGAUCCAUCUAGUUCAGGUAGAUUAAUGGCUACCACCGGUUUAGAUUCGAGUUUAAAAAUAUGGGAUCUAAGGACUUAUAAAACCUUGAAUGAAUGGACCUUGAAGAGCCCAGCCAAAAGCUCGAGUUGGUCACAAAACUCUUUGUUGGCAGUCGGAUGGGGAUCACACGUCUCAGUUUAUUCAGGUGUAGGACGAAACCAAUCACAAAAAGGAACGUAUAUGCAAGAAAGCUUUCCAUCCCAAUCGGUUGAACAAGUUCAAUUCUGUCCGUUUGAAGAUGUUUUAGGAGUCGGUCAUAGCGGAGGGUUUUCAAGUUUGAUCAUUCCAGGUUCAGGUCAAGCUAAUUUCGAUAGUCUAGAAGCUGAUCCUUUUGAAAACAAAUCACGUAGAAGAGAAAGAGAAGUUCGAGGAUUGAUGGAAAAGAUUCCGUUUGAUUUGAUCACUUUGAAUCCUGAGAUGGUCGGAAGUCUUGCAGAUCCGGUUUUGAAAGAAUCAGAUGAAUUAAAACAAUUGAAAGGAAAUUCAAAACUUACGCCUUGGAGAACAUUAUCUAGAGCUGAAAAAUUAGCGGCACAAGGUAAAUCGGGUGAAGAAGAAGUCUUGGAUGAUGAUGAUGAUGAUGUACAACAAAAUGGAAUCAAAGAUCAAGGUGUAGACAGAUCAGUACCAAUCAAACAGAAGGAAAAGAAAAAGAUGAGAGGUAAGAAUUCGAGUUUGAAACGAGUUUUAAGGAAGAAACAAAAGAAUGUGAUCACACCUGAAGCUGUAAGUGUGAUUCGAUCAAGUGUUUCUUAA